ACGACAGUCCAGCAUAAAUAAAAACCCUAAAAUUCACGGUUUCCACUACACGACCUAGAACCAUCCGAAACAUUCCCCAAAUUAACCAAACGAAGAACACAUCGGUAGCUGACGUCUGGACCGGCGGAAUCACAGUUGCUGUUGGUUGUUCAAUCGUUGGAGCAAGUGUCUUCCAAUCAACAUCAUGAGAAAACCAAUACUUGAUCGUCUUAUUGACGCUGGGAUUGGUACUAUAGCAAAGUGUAUAACUUCUAGCCUGAGAAGAAAAGAUGGCAUCUUGCACCACCCCGAGUUCAAUCAAUCCAUUGCCGAAUAUGGUCAGACAUUCACCCGUAAGCGUGUUAACGAGGAAGAUGCAAUGCUGAUAGGUGUCGAUGUUUUCGUCCGUUAUACGGUGAUAGGUUCUGGAGUUGUCGCUUUCAUCUAUCUUGUGAAAAGUCAUUUCAACUGGCUGAAUCAAAGUAAGUUGGAGAUGGAGCGACGCAGGGUAAGAUUCUUCCAAGAAGCCGAACAAAGAAUGGAGCAAACCAUGCAACAACAUCAAAUUUCCAAGCAAAGUAUCAUGGGAGGCAAUGCGCCAAAAGCUGCAGAUGGAGCUCACGCCAAGGUAACGAAAGAUGAAAAAACCAUGACUGGGGCAGUUAAGGCUUGAAGAAGAAUGACCAACAUCUGAGGAAAAAUUCUAAGCUAGGGAAAAAGAGGGGAUGGAUGAUACUUCUUGGUAUAUUUAGCAAUUUCCGCUUAUUCUAUUUAUGCAUACAAGUGAAGCCUCAGAGACCCAAAACAUUGAGGUGAAUUAUUGCUAAUUACCUACCUGCUGUGUUAAUAGUACUAUCUUCCCAUUCUCAUUGACUGAACUAUUAGCUCUCUC